AUGGCUCACUCCUCUCACCCCUCUGUCUGGAGGGAGAUGACGAAUGGAGACGGGCACCCCCACUUCCACACUGGAGGUCAGGCAGGGGGUUCCCACAGUACAACGCGCUACAUGCUGAAGAAACAGCACCGUCACAGACGCAGGUCCUCCUCCCCGAUGGGAAGAGUCAUCCUCAUAAAUGCACCUGUUGAUGGAGGAGAUGACAGUGAAGACAUUCACACAGUGACAGUAGAUAAGAGUCCAGAUGGGCGUCUGGGUUUCAGUGUCCGUGGAGGCUCUGAGCAUGGGCUUGGGAUAUUUGUCAGCAAGGUGGAGGACGAUAGCUCUGCAGCGCAGGCUGGGCUGACUGUGGGCGAUAAGCUGGUGGAGGUGAACGGGGUCAGCUUGGAGAGCAUCACCAUGAGCAGCGCUGUGAAGGUCCUGACAGGAAACAACAGGCUGAGGAUGGUGGUGAGGCGGGUGGGAAAGAUUCCUGGCAUCCGCUACUCCAAGGAGAAGACCACAUGGGUGGAUCUGAUUCACCGGCGGAUGGUGGUUGAGGAGAGCGGUCGCACGCCAUCAGAGGCCAGUUCAGACAGUGCCCUUCGCAGGAUUGUACAUCUCUUCACCACAUCAGACGACUACUGUCUGGGCUUCAACAUCAGAGGAGGCAAAGAGUUUGGACUGGGAAUAUAUGUUUCCAAGUUGGACCCUGGUGGGCUUGCAGAACUGCAUGGCAUCAAAAUGGGCGAUCAAAUCCUUGCAGCCAAUGGUGUCAGCUUUGACGACAUCACUCAUAGCAAUGCAGUUGAGGUCCUGAAGAGCCACACACACGUCAUGUUGACCAUCAGGGAAGCUGGGAGAUAUCCCGCUUACAAGGAGAUGGUGGCAGAGUAUGGCUGGCUUGACAAGCUUGCUAAUGGAGGCCCAGCACCAUCCUCCCACGGUUCAGACUCAAACUCCUCAGCCUCGUCAUUGUCCUCCAGCACCCCCCUCAGCUCCCUCAGUGGUCUCUCCCAGGUCCUUUUCCCUCCCGUCUUUGGCUCAGAGAUGGUAGACGUCGCCAUCUCCACAGAGGACCACUCCAGACGUCAGAGCAGCGCCGAGAGAACUGCUGACACUGCCAUACAGACCGACCCCCACCCACCAACCUACACAGACCACCCUUCGCCCCAUGAGCUGUACCCAGACAGGCUGGUUGCCACAGAAACCAGUCGGACUGUAGGCGCAACAGUUCUGCUGAAGGAUACUGUCAUACGUGGAAAAGGGGAGGGGCUGAGGGAUAUGGGAGGGGCUGGAGAGGGAGGGCGGGGCCGGAGGAGGACGCUGUCGUCAGGAGACAAGGAAGUAGAAAAACAAUCGCCUAAAACUGAAGCACUGAUGGCCCUGAGCAAACCACGGAAGCCAAUCAGACGCUCACAGAGCCACAUCACCGCCUCAGAGGACAGGAAGAAGAAAAAGAAACAACAGAAGGAGAAGCAGACAUCGGAGGGUAAACCCAGCCUGAAGCGAUCUAAAACCUUUGUCAACCUAUUCUUCAAGAAAGACCGUAAAGAAAAGAGUCGCUCCAAGUCACCGUCUCACCAUGCGGACAAAGAUAAAGAGCGGGGUCGUCCCUUCCAGCUCUUGACCUCCCCAAGAGAGUCCCGUGCUGGGCUUAAAGACAGUGGUCUGCUGCCCCGAAUGGAGACCUUGCAGCACAUAGAGGACAUGGCAAAGAAGCUGCUAAUCCAGGACGAGGUGGCCGCUGUGAUGAGACACUGUCAGCGGUUUUUAACGGAGAAUGUGGUUGAAGAUUUAGUACGCCCCCUUUUGGCAAUCUUGGACAGGCCAGAGAAACUGCUUCUUCUCAGAGAAAUCAGGAUGUUGAUACCGACGUCUGAGUUGGGUCGGUUUGACAGCAUGGUCAUGCCUUUUGAGUUGGAGGCGUACAAUGUUCUAAAGAGUCGCUCUGUGCGUUCUCCAGCUCUUCGCUCCCCUCGCAGUGGAACCCCUCGACGCCACCUCAUCACCCCAAUCCCAGACUUUAGAGGCGGCUUCCACCUGCAGCCAGUCCAGGACACUCUACGGGAGCGUCAGCUGAUUGACGAGUUUGAGAGAUUACGUUUGUCUGGCCAACAGUCUGGCCAUCUUCUUCCAUCCCGUGCCUUCACCCCUCUGCUGGAUGUACCUGUGGACAACUACACCUCCAUCACUGUUCGCUCCCGCUCCCCAAGCCCCUCACCUACUUACAGCUCCGUAUUCACAGGAUCCCCCCACAGCACCCAGCGUGGGCGCCAACCCCUCCGCUCCCCAAACAGAACAGAAAACGGGGCGUCACCGUAUGAUGAGAUCUCCUUGUUGUCUGUGUCUGACCGAGGAGAUGCGUUUCCUGAACGAGGGAGGUCUCCUGUGAGGAAUGGCCAUGGGAGGGCGAGGAGGGAGGCGAGUCCUGACAGCAUAGAUAACAGACGGAGCAGGCAGGAGGGCUACACAGAGGUCAGUGUACGUGUCCCCUCACAGCGGCGAGGGAGAACCCCGCUGGCUGAUGUGUUUGAGCAGCAGAGAGACAAGGGUCCGUCUACAAGCAGAGGGAGCAGUCAGCAGGUUAAUGGACAUUCACGGAACGGUCACAGUGUGAUGCCUGAGGAGUUUGAAAUCCACACUUUGACUAUCUCCAAGGCCAAGCAAUCACUGGGUAUCAGCAUCUCUGGAGGGAUGGAGUCAAGAGUCCAGCCCAUGAUUAAGAUUGAAAAGAUCUUUCCAGGAGGAGCUGCGUCUACCAAUGAGGCACUGAAGGCGGGCUAUGAGCUGCUAUCAGUGGAUGGCGAGAGUCUUCAGGGAGUGACUCAUCAGCACGCAGUCGACAUUAUUCGCCGAGCAUUCAGUAACAAGGCCAAAGACCCCAUGGUUUUUGUGGUCAAGGUUCCCAAGGUCCUUGCUGCCCACAACGGCCCCUGGAGACCUGCAGACUAACCUUUGAGUGCCUCCCAGCAAGGCAGGAGCUCAGGCGUGAAGGACACAAAACCUGCAACCCCUGUGGGAGUGAGUCAAGUCCAGAAUUCACAUCAGAGAAGGAAACAUGGGACAGGUAGAUACAGUGCCUAUAAAAUGUAUUUCCCCCUUGGAUGUUUUUCCCUUUUAUUGAUCUCAUAAAUCAAUCUUUGUCAAUAUAAAUACGCUUUCUUGACUUUUUUUGUUUUUUUGUAACCCUUUUUAAUGUCAAAUUGAAAACAGAUUUCUACGAAGUAAUGUAAGAUAAAGAGCAUUUGUAAGGUAAAGUAAGUGACUUUAUUUAAAUAUAUAUAAAUAUAAUUAUUCACCC